CAAACCGUCACUUAGCGAUGUACGAUGAAAAACAUCAAAACAACAGGAGAGAAAUCAUCCAAACUGCCACACAUUUGCUUAAAAAAGUGUACAUUGGGUUCUUCGGGGUUGGUGCGAAAUCGUGCGGGACACUCGGAGUUGGAUUUCGAUCUUUGUCGGAACUGAGCGUAAUGCGCAAAAGCUAAGGUAUCGUCGAGUUGUUGGCCGCGAAACGUGAACAGACUAGACUGGUAGAGCGGAAUAGACCGAAUUAGUAUUUGUCUCUAAACAUGGAAGAACGAUUCCUCGCAGAAGAAGUAAAGCCGCCAGGAAUAACAGUGUUCGAAUUGAACAGCAGCAAUCCGAGCUCAGUUGAAAAGAUGCCUGUAGAAAACUCCAGCACACCCGAACCAAGUGCUAUGCCGAAAGUUAGUUUCGUAAACGUUGAAAGAGCCAUAACUGUUGAAGAAGGACGAGAAGGAAAAGGGUUCGAAUUGAACAGCAGUAAUACGAGCACAGUUAAAAAAAGUGCUAUUGAACACCCUAGUACAGCCAAUCAACUGAGUACGAUGAAUGCCAGUGUUGACGAAGCAACACUCGAAAGUAGUAUCGCUAUAGCCACAGCUAAAAAAACGGACAAGGCAUCAUCCAGUGCGAUUAGAGAACAUCAGGAUCCGAAUACGAUUUACGAAGGUCAGGGUAGAAGACUAGUUGUGUUAUUAACGGACUUACGUUACACUAUGCCAGGUGAAAACUUCGUUAUGGUUGAUUUACCAGGCAAUGCGACUGUGCCUGCUGAAAACUACGAGGAGGCAAAGUUACGCCGUAGCAGGCGCAUGAAAAUCCGCAAACAGGUAGAUUUGCAACGUAAUAAGGGCCAGAAGAAGGGAAAGAAGAAUUAAAUGGAAUUGAUAGUCUUGUUAACAGCUUCACAGAUUGUUAAAUGAUGAAGAUAGGACGCUACUAAUUGGAUUAUUUGUAGGGUGGCGAUAUGCGAAACGAAGGGAAGGAAAAUAAGAUAUAGGCAAAUGAACUAGUUCGCUGAAAUAAACUUACAGCGGAAGACGAACAUCUUGUAAAUUUGAAUAAGAAACAUUCAUGUGCCAUAUCGCAAAGCUGACGGUGCGUUCGCAACAGAUGCCGUCAAUAAACUUACUUGCAUAC